AUGAGUUACAGUCUCGCUGAUACUCGCUGCUCCCAGUGUAAUGGCUUGAAACCAUGCCACACUUGUAUCCGGAGGAAGCUGACGUGCUCCUACACCUCCAACAAUGCCGACUAUGGCCUCGGUGAAUCUGGCGGCUCGCCUACCAAGAGGCGACACAUCGAGGCAUCCCCACCUUCCAUCAACGCGGCCCUGGAUGGGUCCGAGUCCUCUCCAACAUAUCAAGCCGGGAACGGCCAGUCCCAAUCCUGGGACGAGGAUGAGCCCAACUGUCAGUCAAACGAAGGCGAUUCCGCGACAUCAACGCCGAUAGUGGCGGUAACAGCGCUAGUACCUGUGUCAGCACCGCAGCCUACGUCUGCCCAUGAGCAUGCUCGGAAGACGUCAACCUCGACUUCUACAGCCGCCCCAGUUCGCAGUAACGCCAACGGACAGAGCGAAGAAACCACCAUCUACACAGAGACCAGAAUGUUGCAAGACCAGACAGGCCGGCUUCUCUAUAUUGGAGAUGCCUCCACCCUAUCUAUUCUGCAACUUAUCCGCAUCAUUGUUGAAAAUACUGCCGGGGCCGAGAUAGCAGCCCCCUUCAUUGAAGACCCGAAGAGAUUUAGCAUCAUGGAGAACAUCAUCAAGUUCCCCGAAAACACCAGGAUACCAAGUUUCCUUCCAGACAAGGAAACGACUGACAUUCUUGUCGAGUCGUACUUUACCAAUACGUGUGGUCUCAUGGAGGUCUUUGACAAGACGACAUUUAUCAACUCGGUCAACGCAUGCUACAAAGACCAGCUAUUUGCCACCAACUACUUCUUGUGCCAUCUAUACCUCGUUCUGGCCCUCGGUCUGCUUUUUGCUACGCCCAUCCCAGGAAGCAGAGAGGAGAUAGUAAUACAGAAGCAGCUAGCUUCGAAGCUAGAUAGAGCCGAGCUCUUCUUUCGAAGUGCUAGGUCCAUGAGCGACCCUGGCGCCGGCUUCGAGGACGCCGAUUUCUGGUCUAUCCAGGCAUUGUCAUUGAUGACUGUCUACAUGCUGGCUGUUUCAAAACGGAAUACGGCCUACGCAUACCUCGGCAUGGCAGUUCGAUCGGCUUAUGCCUUGGGGCUGCACAGAGAAGAAACCAUGAACGCGUUCAUCUUCACGCCAGCGGAGAUGAAAAUCAGACGGAAUAUGUGGAAGACUUUGUUCAUUCUCGACCGCUUUCUAGCCGCCACCCUUGGGAGACCGACGGCCAUAUCUGAGGACGACUGCUCAUGCGAAAUAAUGCCAGCAAACGAUGUGGGAAACAUGACUCUGACGGGCAAGCCCACUGAUGUUGUCCACGCCCAGAGCUUGAACGCUUGCGUCCGCGCCUGUCAUGUCAUUGGCAUCACAUUAAGGGUAUUUUCUCAGAGGAAGAUAUCAACUUCGGUGGUUCAAGACAUUGCAGACAUGUCCAAGGACUGGGAACGAGGCCCGCGCGCGAAUUUGCAAGGUCGAAGACUGCAUAGCGUCCCAAUGGAUCCGGCGCAGGGUAUCGCGACCCUCCACGUCAAUCUUCUAUCUCUGCACUCGUUGAUCCUGCUCACCCGGCAGCUCUUUGUGAUGCACAAUUGGAAGCUCACAGAGCAGCGUUCCGGCCUUACGAAAGCAAUCCCAACCCUUGACUCGCCCAUCGCCAAGUACUCGGAGGCUUGCGUCAUUGCCUCCUAUCAAACGGUCCAACUAGUUCAGCGAGCUAGAGAUGCCAGAUACCUUCCGCAAAGGAACCCCUUUGUCAUAUACUUUCUUUUCGUGGCGAGUCUCAUCGUCUUCAUGAAUCAGUUCGCAUCACUGUACUACACCGAUGCGUACGAGAAGACGGCCUCUGACGCGAUCGCCCUCAUGGAAUACUGUGCAGAAAGCGACCCACAAGCCCAGCGGGUUCUUGAGAUCAUGCACAGAUUCUCGAUAGUCGUCUCCAAGUGGACCAGGAAUAACACAUAUGAAGCGCCACCUCUCUCGGAGGAUCUCAGCAACCUCUACAGCCAGGCGCCGAGUCCUGAGCUGCGCCAUGCGCAUACCAAUUCUAUACCAAUAGUCUCAAGUCCCCACGAUCGCUCCUCCGUAAUGGUGAAAACCUCUCGUCAAUCCUCGAUGUCUUCCCCGACCGGUCCGCGGCUGCCAGUUUCCGAGCUUCUCAUUCCGCACCCUUCGGCCUCUGUUCGAGACACACGGAUGAAUGGCAUGUCACCACCCCAUGUGACACCUCACUCACUACCUCCUCUGGUCAACGUGCGCCCAAGCGUCUCAUCUCAUCCGGUGAUUGACAACUCUGAUCUCAAUGGAGACAUUGAGUUUGAAUUUGGGGUCUUGUGGGAGAACUACAUAGGGCACGUCGCACCCGUGUCUGCCGUACUUGCUGGUCCGUCGAAUCCUGCCCCCCACUUCCCGGCCUCCAUUCUUGGAAGCACAAGUGAUCCAUAUGCUGCACACCCACUAUCACCAGAGUCCCGGAUAUCCCCACGAUCUGGCAUCGGUGCCAAUAUACCACUGUUUCAUUCUUCCAACUUUGGAUGA